AUGGCACCAAAGCUGCCAACAGGCUGGGUACACUCGCCGCCGACCUUCCUUCUCCCAGAUGCAUUCCUCCCGUUGAUCACCAAGCGUGGUGUCAAAUAUGGAUGGACGACGGCGCCUGCACGAGGGAAGCCCGCGCGGUUCAACCAGAAGACUGCGGGCCUCCCAACCCUCUCACAAUCCCCUGCCGCAGCUCUCGCACGAAAGGACUAUACAUUACCCUUACGGACAGGUGCCCUAGCUAUCAAGAAAGGGAUGACCGCCCUCUAUGAUCCAGAGACGGGGAUACGAACCCCCUGUACCGUCCUCCAACUCGACCGAGUACAAGUCGUUGCGCACAAGACACGGGAGAAACACGGAUACUUCGCGGUGCAGAUUGGAAGUGGAUGGAAGCACUCGAGCAAUGUUACGAGGCCACUCCUGGGGCACUUCACUGGCGCUGGGGUUAGCCCGAAGAGAUAUCUGGCAGAGUUCAGGGUGAAGGACGAGAGCGGAUUGCCGCAGGUUGGACAAUCCAUUGGGCCGGAAUGGUUCCUCGAAGGGCAGUUUGUGGAUGCGAGGGCGAAUUCUAGGGGAAUGGGAUUCGCGGGUGGUAUGAAGAGAUGGGGAUUCAAAGGUCAGCCGGCUUCGCACGGUAACUCGAAGACACAUCGAGCGAUGGGUUCCUCUGGUGCUUCGCAAGGAAGUGGUUCCAGGGUUCACCCAGGCAAGAAGAUGCCUGGUCGGAUGGGAGGAGAGCAGGUUACGGUUCAGAAUGCAAAGGUGUUGAAGGUGGAUAAGGAGAAAGGCCUGGUGAUUCUGAAUGGUUCUAUCGCUGGACCAAAGGGAUGCGUUGUUAAGAUCCAGGACGCGAUAAUGAAGCCAUGGCCGGUCGUUCCAGGAGCGGUUGAGGGGGUUAAGGAAAAAUUGGAGGCCACGGCGUAG